AUCUCAAGUCACUCAAGAACAUGUCGGCUGCUGCUGCUUCGGCGUCCAAUGCGGGUGCGUCCAACGCAGGUGGAAACGUGGAGAUCGACGAGGACCUCCAAUCGCGCCAGCUGGCGGUGUACGGGCGUGAGGCCAUGAUGCGGCUCGCCAAGUCCAAGGUGCUCAUCACGGGCAUGGACGGGCUCGGAGCUGAGAUUGCCAAGAACGUGAUUCUGGCCAACGUCGGCAGCGUGACACUCCACGAUACGGCCGAAGUUGCCAUUGCUGACCUUGGAGCUCACUUUUACCUCAAGGAGGAGGAUGUGGGCAAGAACCGUGCCGAGGCGUGCCUGGGCGAGCUGCAGGAGCUCAACCCGUCGGUGAUGACUGUGGCGUCGCAGCGCGACCUCGAGCCCAAGUUCCUUGCCGAGUUCCAGAUUGUGGUCUGCGUCUCGACGCCGCUCGCCGAGGCCUGCCGCAUCAACGAGUACUGCCGGUCUGCGCGCCCGCCGAUUGCCUUUGUCUACACCUCUGCAUACGGCCUUGCCGGCGCGGCGUUCUCGGACUUUGGCCCCGACUUUCCGGUCUUUGACUGGUCGGGCGAGGCCAAGAAGUCUGCGAUUGUGGCCAAGAUCAGCCAGGCGAACCCUGCGGUGGUGACGUGCGUGUUUGACAAGAACGACCCGCACUCGCGACACGACCUUGCCGAGGGCGAGGUUGUCGAGUUUGCCGAGGUCAAGGGUAUGACCGAGCUCAACGGCAACGCGUACACGGUGAAGGAGGUGAUCAAUCCGUGGAUGUUCUCGAUCGAGGUCGACACGACCGGCUUUGGCGAGUACUUUGACGGCGGCCUGGUGACCGAGAAGCGCAUGCCGCGCUUUAUUCCGUUCCGCUCGCUCCGCGAGACGCUGCACUCGCCGGGCGAGUUCCUUGUUUCGGACUGGGGCAAGUGGGGCCGCCCGGCCCUGCUCCACCUCGCGCUGCAGGCGCUCGACGCGUACCGGACCGAGCACGGAGGCGCUUACCCUGCGCCCGGCGACGCCGCGGCCGGCGACGCCGUCGUGGCCGCUGCCACCGAGCUCAACGCUGCCAAGCUCGCCGACCUCGAUGCCGAGGCCGCGCGGCUGGAGGCGCAGAGCAAGGCGCUGGGCGCGGCGCUCGAUGCCAUGGACGCUGCGGCGCUCGGCCUCGACGUCGAGGGCUCGCCCGAGGCUGCGGCUGGGCUGAGCGCGGCGCGCACUGAGGUCGAGGCGCAGCUCAAGGCUGUCCGCGACCGGCAGGGCGCCAUGGGCUGGGAGCGCAUCGACGAAGUCGACGAGGCCACGCUGCGGAGCGUGGCAUCGGGCUCGUCGGCCGUCCUCAACGCCAUGGCCGCCUUUCUGGGCGGGCUCGUCGGGCAGGAGGUGGUCAAGGCCGGAACGUCCAAGUACAUGCCGCUCAACCAGUGGUACCACUUUGACGCGCUCGAGUCGCUGCCGGCCGAGGCUGUCGACCCGGCCAGCCUUGCGCCGCGCGGCUCGCGGUACGACGCCAUGACUGCGGUCUACGGCGCCGAGCUGGUGGAGAAGAUCCGCAACCUCAAGUACUUCCUUGUGGGCUCGGGCGCGCUUGGCUGCGAGUACCUCAAGAACUUUGCUCUCACCGGCGUGGGCACCGGCCCCGACGGCGAGGUUAUUGUCACUGACGACGACGUCAUCGAGCGGUCGAACCUCUCGCGGCAGUUCCUCUUCCGCAACUGGCACGUCAAGAAGUCCAAGUCGCUGAGCGCGUCCGAGGCGGCGAUGGCCAUGAACCCGGAGUUCAAGGUCAAGGCUCUGCAGGAGCGGGUCUCGCCGGACACCGAGAACAUUUUCAACGAUGCGUUCUGGUCCUCGCUCUCGGGCGUGUGCAACGCGCUCGACAACAUCAAGGCGCGGCUGUACGUCGACGAGCGGUGCGUGUUCUACGGCAAGUCGCUCCUCGAGUCGGGCACGCUCGGGCCCAAGUGCAACACUCAGGUUGUCGUCCCGCACCUGACCGAAAACUACGGCGCGUCGCGCGACCCGCCGGAGCGCGAGGCCCCGCAGUGCACCAUCCACAACUUUCCGCACACCAUCGAGCACUGCCUCGUGUGGGCCAAGUCGGAGUUUACUGGCCUCUUUGAGACCUCGCCGGCCGAGGCGCAGAAGGUCCUCGACCUCGGUUCAGUCGAUGCCUACGUCGAGACGAUGCAGGCUUCGGGCGCCGGCAUCGGUGACAUCCUCAACAACCUGCGUGGUGACGAGACAUGGGGCGGCGGCGUGACCGACAUGCUCAACGACGUCCCGGCGUCGUACGACGACUGCGUCAAGUGGGCCCGCCACAAGUGGCAGAUCUACGCCUCAAACAUGAUCCGCCUCCUCAUCCACGUCUUCCCCGAGGACAUGCUCACCUCUGAGGGCGGCCGGUUCUGGACUGCGCCCAAGCGCUUCCCCACCCCGCUCGAGUUUGACCUCGCUGACGACAUGACCUUCCAGUUCCUCCGUGCCGCCUCGCUCCUCCGGGCCUCCACCUUUGGCAUCAACAAGCCGGCGUCGGUGACCCGCGAGACCAUUGCCGCUGCCCUCGCCUCGUACUCUGAGCCUGCCUUUGACCCCGCGGCGCUCGGCGACGUCAAGAUCGAGUCGGACCCCAACGCUGAGGCCGGCGCCGCCGAGGGCACCGACGACGACAUCUCCACCGUCGUCGCCGCCAUUGCGCCCAUCCCCGAGGUCAAGGCCAAGACCACCACCCUCUACCCGGAGGUGUUCGAAAAGGACGAUGACACCAACCACCACAUCGCCUUUAUCCAGGCCCUCGGCUGCCUCCGCGCCCGCGCUUACGCCAUCGCCGAGGUCGACAUGCUCAAGGCCAAGCUCCUCGCCGGAAACAUCAUUCCGGCCAUCGCCACCGCCACCGCCAUGGCUGCAGGCUGCUGCAUGUUUGAGCUGGUCAAGCUCGCCCAGGGCCUCCCCGUCGACGCCUACCGCAACUCGUUCUUCAACCUCGGCGUCAUGGCCUUUUCUGCCGCCGACCCCAUGCCGCCGGCCAAGAUCACCUCUCGCCAGGAGACCAUCAAGCCCGACCCCGAGAACUACCCGGACUAUGAGGAGGAGCGCGACAUCAUCGCCUUCCCCGACCCGCACACCGCAUGGGACGCCGUUGUCAUCGACAUUGGCGCCGCAGGCACCGUCGCCGACGUCCUCGCCUACUUUGACUCGCACAACCUCUCGGUCAUGUCCAUCGCCGUCAACGGCGGCCUCAUCUACCGCGCAGGCGCCUCGGGCGACGCCGUCAAGGGCAACGUCUUUGUCGACCACGUUGCCGAGAAGGUCGGCGCAGACGCCUCGCGCGGCUUUGUCGUCAUCGAGCCGCUCUGCGAAGGCGCCGACAUGCAGGAGAUCGAGUUCCCGCCGCUGGUCCUGGUCAAGGUCUCGGACGGCUACGCCCUCUCCCGCACCGCCACCACGUCGAUGGGCAAGCCUGUGGAUGCGUAA